GGCCGAGGCAGCGCAGGCCGCUCUUUCCCGCGCUCUCCGCCGUCCGCCAUGGCUCUCCUGCACUCCGGCAGCCGCGCCAUGCAGCUCUCGCCCUGCUUAGCUUCCCUUUCGGCCCGAGCCAGCUCCUGGUGGGCUCAUGUGGAGAUGGGACCCCCGGACCCUAUUCUGGGAGUGACGGAGGCCUUCAAGCGAGACACCAAUGCGAAGAAGAUGAACCUGGGAGUCGGUGCCUACCGAGACGACAGUGGGAAGCCUUACGUCUUGAACUGUGUCCACAAAGCGGAAGCCCAGAUCGCGGCGAAGAAGCUGGACAAGGAAUACCUGCCCAUUGCCGGUUUGGCAGUCUUCAACAAGGCGUCAGCUGAGCUGGCUUUCGGGGAGACGAAUGAGGUCAUUCAGAGCGGCCGGUAUGUCACUGUGCAAACCAUUUCUGGAACGGGGUCUUUAAGAGUUGGUGCCAACUUCUUGCAACGCUUCUUCACAUCCAGCCGUGACGUGUACCUCCCCAAGCCGUCCUGGGGGAACCACACUCCCAUCUUCAGAGACGCUGGGUUGCAGCUGCAAAGCUAUCGAUACUAUGACCCCAAAACCUGUGGCUUUGACUUCACGGGGGCCGUGGAGGACAUUUCCAAAAUUCCCGAAAAGAGCAUUGUUCUCUUCCACGCUUGUGCUCACAACCCAACUGGAGUGGACCCUCGGCCAGAGCAGUGGAAGGAGCUGGCGGCAGCAGUGAAGAAAAAGAACCUCUUUGCCUUCUUCGACAUGGCUUACCAAGGCUUUGCCAGCGGGGACAUCAACAGAGAUUCCUGGGCUGUGCGCCACUUCAUUGAACAAGGCAUCAACGUGGUGCUGUCCCAGUCGUAUGCGAAGAACAUGGGCCUGUACGGGGAGCGCGUGGGAGCCUUCACGGUGGUCUGCAAGGACGCAGAGGAGGCCAAGAGGGUGGAAUCCCAGCUGAAGAUCCUGAUCCGCCCCAUGUACUCCAACCCUCCCAUCAAUGGGGCUCGGAUCGCCUCCACCAUCCUGACCAGCCCUGACCUGCGGAAGGAAUGGCUGGCAGAGGUGAAGGGGAUGGCGGACCGCAUCAUUGGCAUGCGCACCCAGCUCGUGGCAAACCUGAAAAAGGAGGGCUCCUCCCACAACUGGCAGCACAUCACCGACCAGAUCGGCAUGUUCUGCUUCACAGGAUUGAAGCCUGAACAGGUGGAGCGGCUGACCAAGGACUUCUCCAUCUACAUGACCAAGGACGGCCGCAUCUCUGUUGCGGGUGUCACAUCUGGCAACGUAGCCUACCUGGCCCACGCCAUCCACCAGGUCUCCAAGUAAAGCAUGAGCGUUGCUGCUCGAAGCAGGUGGCCUUCCCUUCGGCGGUCUUUGGACACGUUGACUUAACUGGCGGGGGGAGGGAGGGGGGCAGGGGUGAUGGGGGCAAGUGGAACAGUUAGCAUUAAAGCACCACUGAAUGUAUUUCUGCAGUAGCCCUGCCCACUGAGCCCUCCCUCCUUCCCUCCCAGCUCUGCUUGGCUCCAGCCAGAGCUGUCAAAAUGAGUUCUGUUCUUCCCUUUAGAAGUCCCCAUCAGCGAAUUAAUCCAAAGUGGAACCAUUCAUGCUUUUCUUUUUUUUAGUGGUGGGACUAGUGCAAGUGCUGCAGGCUUGGGUGAACGCUUUAUGGGGUGGCCGGGUCAUGGGAGGGUUGUUCCAGUCUGUUCAACAAGUCAGUCUUUCCCUGCCCUGUGAAUAUGGACAAGGAUUUGGCAGUUCUGCAGCUGCAGCGCCCCACCCAGCACUGAAGAGCAAAACACACCGUGCUAUGCAAGAACCUUUUCUCCCAGGGACACACACACACCGCCACUUCUGAGCCUUAUGCCCAGGUCUUUCAAGAAAGGCAAGCUAAGGUGUUCAAGUCGGCAUUUCUUUCCAGUGGCUGGUGCUAGCAAGAGCUCUCAGCUUCCUGCGUUUUCUAAAAUCUAAACUGUAUCACUUUAAAUGAGCAUCACCCCACCCCCCGGAACUGUGGCUCUAAGGACUUAAAUCACACAACUCUUGAAACCAAAAUUACUUUCUCUUCCUUGCCAAAACUUGUUCCAAAGGCAUAUGAUGAUGCUGACACGAGUAUUUGUUUCAUUACCAAAUAAAAGGCAGAUGAUAGAAUACUCUUCUUAGCUGCUGUCUGGCAUUUUUGAUCUGACAAAGGUCAACAAAUUAUCUUGCCUAAUUUUGGUCUUUCAGAGGCCCUGAUGUGUUCAUGUUCUCUCCUAGAAUCCUUUCUGCCGUGAUCUUUUGUGAUCUGUAAAUUGGGCUAAAGCGCCUCCAUGGAACUGGCAUUUUUAGGGUCUCCAGUUAAUCUUGGAAACGUAGCUUGGAAACCCUUCUCGUUCUCAGAAGUGCUAGCAGGUGCAGCUUCUGUUCUCACAAGUCUGAUGUGUGCAGGUGUAUCCACCACCUGUAUUAAAAGGUUCCCAGAAAUGGAAAACCAUCUCCACAGGUGGGGUAGGAAUUGGGAAACUAUUUCCUAAUGCAGAUGGGAGAAGGGGUCUUUUUUGGUACAGCCCCGACAGAGUUCGUUCUCGUUCUCUCUCUCUCCCUGCCCCCCCCCGUGUGUGUGUGUGUGUGAGAGAGAGAGAGAGAGAGAGAGAGAAUGAACAAUAAAGCACUUCACCCCCUGUAAGGAGAAAGCAUGUAAAACCUGUUGGAAAACUUAAGGGGUUUUAGAGAGAGAGAUUCUAGCCUGUUGGACUGCAACUCCCAUCAUUCCCAGCCAGCCUGGCUCUUGCUGGCUAGGAAUGAUGGGAGUUGCAGUCCAGCACAUUUGGGGCAGGCUGCUAGUCAAUAGAAGCUUCUCAGCUUAGAACACAGUCAGUUCAGUCUCCACUCACCAGGUCUGUUUCUUCCCUGCUCUCCUGGCGUCCCCAAAUGCCUCAAUUGCUGCAUGGACUCACCAGCCUUGCUGCUGCUCAUUGCUGACAGGUGAGGGGGUAUUUAAGGGGCAUCUGUCUCUCCUGUAUCUUAGCCUGUCUGGAAGCCAGAGCUUAAGAGCCGCUUAGGUGCUGGCCGGUGCCAAAGCAAGCUUUUUGGACAGGAAAGGGCCGGCAGGGCAGCAGAGGCUCUUUGCUCUAUUGAAGGGUCUCAGGCUGAUGCCUUUUCAUCCAGCGGCCAGAGCAAAACUUGCAGAGCUGCUUCUAGGAUGGAGGGAAGCGAACCUCUGUUGGCUUCAACUAAUGGCCAGGGAGAGGAACUCUGCAUCGCUCAUUUAGGCACCCAGGGUGGCCCUCCUCUUUUGGCAGGCGGGUCGAUGCAGUCCAACCAUCGAAGUCUGUAUUAAUGCCCCCACCCCAGCCCACUUCAUACAGUUGCUGCCCUCGGAGAGGUGUGUUAGAGGAUGGCCCUCGCUUUCUGUGCUGUGGUUUAGUAGUUUGAUGGCUGUCUCCCACCUUCCAUCCUUUCUCCAGAUAAUAUUCUGCCAUUCAGUAAAAAUCAUGCUGGCCUUUAUGCAGCCUGUUUCUGUUCUAAACAAUAAAGCUGCUGUACAUCUGAA